AUGGCUUCAUAUCGCAGCACUUUCUUCUCAAUUCUUCUUUCCUUUUCAUUAGUCAUGUCAACCUUACACACAGCCAUUGCUGCUUCAUCAUCUUCUUCUUCGUCUUCCUCCAUCUCCACCAAAACCCUAAAUACCUACAAGAUUUUCAUUAAAGGGUAUUGUAGUUCCACCACAUACCCUAAAAAUUGCUACAAGUUUCUCUCUCCUUAUGCCUCUGUGAUCAAAACAAGCCCUCUUAUUCUCACCAGAGCCUCCAUUUAUAUUGCUCUGAAAGAAACCAGCAAGUCAUCUUAUGCCCUCAAAUCGCUCUCCAAAGUCAAGGAUCUCACUCACAACGAAACCCUAGUUAUGAAGGACUGUCUCGAGAACGUUUAUAGCUCCCUCUACAGAGUCAAGCAAUCCGCCAUGUCCGUCAAGGGCUUGAACGGCGGUGACAAAUCUGGCGACGAGGCGUUCGAGUGGAGUAACAUAAAGACGUGGAUGAGCGCCGCCAUUACGGGUUAUACGACCUGCACCGACGGGUUCGGAGAGAAGAUCGUGAGAGCUUCCCUGCAGAAGACGAUCUCAAGCAGAGUCACAAAAGCUAAAGACUUGGUUAGCAAUGCUCUCUCAGUCGUGAACAAGUUCACUUACUAA